AUGGAAGGACGACAAAGGGAAUCUGCUGGGAAGAAGUCUAAUGGGCAAUCGUCUUCAACUGACCAAUUACUUGGAGAGUCCUGGACGGUUAAUGGAUACGCUUCGUCUGAUUCCCAAAUAUACAAUCCGAUAACUCCACCGCAAUCGUCGAAGGGUGUUUGA